AGUUGCGCCAUGUCUGAUGCAGCAGCAGCGGCUUUGCUGUGCUCCACCUCGAUCACCACAACAUCCACAUUUUACCCCUCGCUCACCAAAGGCCAUCGCUGUCUACGCAGCCUCGUCCACCUCCUGCUGCUUUGCGCACUGUUUCUGUCCACCGCGCGCGCCUGCCACCUCAGCCAACGGCCAUUGCUGCCCAGCAUGGCUCGCGUCUACGCCGACGUAAACCAGCACAUGCCUCGCGCAUACUGGGACUACGACAGCGUCAACAUCUCCUGGGGUGUUCUGGAGAACUACGAAGUCGUUCGCAAGAUUGGUGCGCCUUACUCGGAAGUCUUUGAGGGAAUCAACGUCGUCAACUACCAAAAAUGCGUCAUCAAGGUUCUCAAGCCUGUCAAGAAGAAGAAGAUCAAGCGUGAGAUCAAGAUCCUCCAAAAUCUAAGUGGAGGCCCCAACAUUGUUGGUCUGCUCGAUGUUGUGCGCGACAGCCAGAGCAAGACCCCCUCCCUCAUCUUCGAGUACGUCAACAACACCGACUUCCGAAGCCUCUACCCAAAGUUCGCCGAUAUCGAUGUCAGAUACUACAUCUUUGAGCUGCUCAAGGUGAUUGAUACACCCCGAGGGACGGCUCUUUCAUUCACUGACCACAAUACANNGGCCCUCGACUUCUGCCACAGCAAGGGUAUCAUGCACCGCGAUGUCAAGCCUCACAACGUUAUGAUUGAUCACGAGAAGAGAAAGCUGCGUCUGAUUGAUUGGGGUCUUGCCGAGUUCUACCACGCUGGGACAGAGUACAACGUCCGUGUCGCUUCGCGUUACUUCAAGGGACCUGAGCUCUUGGUCGACUACCAAGAGUACGACUACUCGCUCGACAUGUGGUCUCUGGGUGCCAUGUUUGCUUCCAUGAUCUUCCGCAAAGAGCCCUUCUUCCACGGCAACAGCAAUUCCGAUCAGCUCGUCAAGAUCGCCAAGGUCCUGGGUACUGAGGACCUUUUCGAUUACCUCGACAAAUACGACAUCGAGCUUGAUGCACAGUACGACGACAUCCUGGGUAGAUUCCCCAAGAAGAACUGGCACAGCUUUGUCAAUGCAGACAACCAACGCUUUGUCAGCAACGAUGCCAUUGACUUCCUGGACAACCUCCUCAAAUACGACCAUCAGGCAACGACUAACCGUGUCCAGGAACGAUUGACUGCUAAAGAGGCCAUGGCACACGCCUACUUCAACCCUGUCAGGCAAGCUGCGCAACAAAACUCGUCUACCGCGCAUACCUGA